UCGUCGCUGACGUCGGCCUAUGGAAAGUGCGAACACGCUGGAGGACUGAAGGAAACUGGUGGAGAGCGAGCGUUGGUCACUAAAAUGGCGGCCAACGAGUUGGGCGAACCGAAGGCAACGGAAAUUGUCAGAGGCCAAGUUUUCGAAGUUGCACCGCGGUACACGAAUUUAGCCUACAUUGGAGAAGGAGCCUAUGGCAUGGUCGUCUCUGCUUUCGACAAUGAAACCAACGAAAAAGUAGCCAUCAAGAAGAUCUCGCCCUUCGAACAUCAGACCUAUUGCCAGAGGACGUUGCGGGAAAUCAAAAUACUGACACGGUUUAAACAUGAAAAUAUCAUAGACAUCAGGGACAUCAUUCGGGCACCCACAAUCGAACAAAUGAAGGAUGUCUACAUCGUGCAGUGCCUGAUGGAGACUGACCUGUACAAGCUGCUGAAGACGCAGAAGCUGAGCAACGACCACAUUUGCUAUUUCCUCUACCAGAUUCUGCGUGGCCUCAAGUACAUUCACUCUGCCAACGUGCUGCAUCGAGACCUCAAACCGAGCAAUCUGCUUCUCAACACAACGUGCGACCUCAAGAUCUGUGACUUUGGUCUGGCGCGAGUGGCGGACCCCGAGCAUGACCACACCGGCUUCCUGACUGAGUAUGUGGCCACCCGCUGGUACCGGGCGCCCGAGAUAAUGCUCAACUCGAAGGGCUACAGCCAGGCCAUCGACGUCUGGUCCGUCGGCUGCAUCCUGGCCGAGAUGGUCUCCAACCGGCCCCUCUUCCCGGGCAAGCACUACCUGGACCAGCUGAACCACAUCCUCGGCGUGCUCGGCUCGCCCGGCCCCGACGACCUCAACUGCAUCAUCAACGAAAAGGCGCGCUCCUACCUGCAGUCAUUGCCCCACAAGGCCAAGAUACCGUGGUCCAAGCUGUAUCCGGAUGCAGACCCCAAAGCGCUGGAUCUCUUAGACAAGAUGCUGACCUUCAACCCUCAUCGAAGAAUAAAUGUUGAGGAGGCCCUCGCACAUCCUUACCUGGAGCAGUAUUACGAUCCCGGUGAUGAGCCUGUGGCAGAUGAGCCGUUCAAGUUCGAGACGGAGCUGGACGACCUGCCUAAGGAGCAACUGAAGGUGCUGGUCUUUGAGGAGACCAAGUUGUUCCAGGCACGCAAUGCCAGCAGGCCACCGCAGCAAGCCUCCUCCUGAGCUGAUGGUGCCACUUCUGCAAUGUAUGUCUGUCUCAGAGUUCCAGUGCCACACCCGGGCGGCCUCACGUUUCCCGGGCACGUCGCAAGGCCCCGGGUCUCGCGAAGACGUUUUGGCCCUGCCCGUUCUGGCCUCUUCGCCGAGCGGCCGCCGAAAAGGCAGCCGCUGCCACCGUUGCUGGUUCCCGAGAACGGGCUCCUCACGAUGUCUGUACUUUACGAAGGUGCCCCUUCCCACCACCUACUGCCCAUCCUGCGCAUUAUCGGAGAGUUAUGCGGACCACGAGUCCAGACGUGACUGGGCUCGAGUGCUUUCCAUUCGUGCAUGUGCACAGAAACAAGCGUCAGAUUGCGUAUGCACGUUGCAAUGUACUUGCGGCAUUGCACUACUGUAUCGGGGCUGGACUCCCGUUCUGGUAUAACUCUCCCUUGUUGCCUUCUCCUUUUUGUUUCUACCUUUAUUUACACUCACUCUCCCACGUGCGGGCUGCCACGUGGGCACUCCUUUCUCUCUCGUCCCCAUUGUGACCACAUCCCGGUUUCUCGCCAUCUAUCGUCUGCCCCUCCUUGCACUGCCUUUUCCUGCUGUGCAUUGUACUUUCAGCAGAAGAGACUCGUCUAGCAAUGCUCAGGCUCCUCGUUACCCCUUCCCGUCAACAGUGCCGCCCACUCCUUUUUGAUCGGGCAGCACUGUUGUGCGAGAAAGGCAAUACGACCAGAUCAUUGCCUUCAAACAUUCUCCAUCGGGCUCGGUGGUGACAGCUCGCAGGUUGCCGACUCCUGGAUAAGUUUCCGUCGCAAAAGAGGCACGUGCUACACCGUCGCUUUGUGUCUGCUGUAGCAUGUAAAUAGACUAAAGCCUCUUGCAGAACAUUAGCCCGUCAGGGAGGCACUCGCGGGCAGUACCAGUCAGGAUUUGCCUCCUGUGAUGAACCUGACCCACCGUUUCCUCUAUUGCUAUCUCCAGUCUCAUCUUAGGACCGUUGUGUUUGAUUCCUCCUCGCAAAUACCGUAGCCGUUUUUUGCCUCCGGGGACAGGCCAAAACGACCAUCUACCUGACGUUGGCUCAUUUUUGAUGAGGCGUCGAAAAGCAGCCGCUCUCUCGAGUGUGUGCCUAGGUGCCACAGCCACUUCUCGUGGCGCUCUCCCGCCCCCACCCCACCCCGCUGCCGAUGUCGCGCGUAACGUUGGCGAGAAUAUGACGCUGGGAGUUCACUUCUGCAUCUGCUCUGUUUCUCGUCGUAUUUGUCUUCUUGGCUCUGGCAUUUUCGUGCUUUUUGCCCCCUUUUUCUCUUUGCUGGGGCUUUAGGUGUGUCUUCCGUUAUUAGAAUGUGUUGUGCGUGUACAUGUGUGUCUCUUUGGCUCGCAUUGUUCCAGUUUAUAUUGUCUGUGAGUUUUGCUGGGCUUUCGAAUCGUUAUCACCUGUGUUGCAAUUCUAGGCUGCUUCGAAUGUGAUUUUUUUUCUUUCAUCGUUAUAUCUCGAUGCACUUCAACGCUAGCCGUGCCCACCAUUGGUAGGGGAUGGUCUCCAUGCUGCGAGCAAACCUUUACCACGAAGCACAACGUUACACAGCAAAGAUGCUGUCUUCCAGGUGUUCCUUCGGUGGUCGAGACCACGUCUUUUUCCCGCAGCUUCAUUCUGCGUUGCAUGGGAGAGCCUUUGCUCGCAGGAUUUUAGCUGUCCCUCUCGCGCGGUGGGCCGUGUCAAUAUAACAACGCACGAGUGGGUGCAGGGAAGCGAACGAAAGCGCCUUUCCCAUCAGCAAGCAUGUAUAAUAUAAUUGCGCCAGCUUGCCUUACAGGCAGUGUAGGUCCCCAAUGGGGGCAUGUACAAUAUGCUGCUCUGUGCAUAAAACUAGAAGCAAGAACAAAAAGGUGGCAGCACCGUCUAGUCUCAAGCCACUAGGCCGAGAAGUGCUUUCACACCAGACUCCCCCAUCUCUUGUGCCGCGUAGGGAUGCGGAGUUUCAUUUGUCGUUCAAGCUCCGCUAUAAAGUUGUUGUUUUUUAUUACACUUGUGAACUUCCUCUGCCCAAAAGGUUUGAUUAGAUCGUGACUUCGUUCCGUCUUCUUUGAAGUACAGUUGGACCUGGAUAAAGUCUUUUUUUUUUUUUUCUUUAUGUUGAACUCUUGAAACUUAGUGACUCAUGUAAAAUAACUCCCCGAUAAUGUGCUGAAGUUCUGAUUAUUGAAUUCAUUGUGUCAGCACCACGAGUGCAGCGUUCAGGGAGCCUUUCUCUUUGCUAUGUUUUUUUCUCGUGCACUUUCUGCUGUGGAUGCGCUGUACUGGUACUCUGCUGACACUAAUUGAGGAUGGAGUAGGCCUGCGCGAUCUUGGGUGUCGAGAACACCAAUAUUGGUGACAGGAUGAAUAGCUGCAAGGCACAGAAAGAAAUUGCUGCCCACGUUAUCUAGUUUUGAUUUUUGAGGAAUUCAUGUAUCUUUUGUAAUAAACCUGUACAUUGUAAACUCAUUGUAAAAGGUUUCGUGGUAGGCAAUUUUGUUCAAACGAAGUUGCGUGAUGUAUCGAACUGUGUCUAACGAGUUAGCCUGUUCGUUGUAACCGGGUUCGGCUUGUACAUCAAACAAGCUCUAUAAAUCAAUUUCUUAAAUUUCAAUCAACUUCGCGAGCCUCUUUCAUCUAUAUAAGCUUUCAGUGGUAGCCGCUGCUGGCCUUUGCAUAGCAGGGACAAGCCGCUGAAAACAGCUCACGAAAGCCGUGCUUUACGAAGGCUUUGUUGCCUGUGUAUGCUGCUCAUUGGCUGGAAAACAAGCGGUGGUCGUAACACGCGACACUGAGUUGUAGAGAAGGCGUCGAAAAUCAGGUGAAGUGUUCACACCGAGAGAAACUUGCACCUUUGGGGGAGGCUUAAACAAUGGUUGUCUAUCUUGCGUGACUUUUCCUUAACGUGGUGUGCCUCAGCACUUUUAGAUUGUGAAUGUUGUGCACGUUUACCAACGUGACGUCGCAUUCUCGACAGGAAAGUAGCGAGUGCAACGUCUUCGAGAAAGGAAACGCAAGCAAGACGGGGGGGGAGGCAAGACAUCCCUCAAAGAAUGUAAGCUUAUUUUUAGAGUGUGCGUAUAAACAUAUUUCCUUUUCGUGGGGCUCGGUGUGUGAUAACGCUAGGCAGUGUGUGCUGGUUGCCUUUUACGUAGGUUUUAGUUGCUGCUAAUCUAGAGAUGAGAGAGAAAGAAAAAAAAUAAGUGAGUGAAGGUUGUGAUGCAGUGCAGCCUGACGAACAGAAGCACUUUGGAGAUGUCCCGCUAUGUAUUAUAAGUGUAUGCGGUAGUUCGUGUUUUUCUGUGUUAACGUUGAUAUUUUCUUCCACCACCUUGGAGUGCAGACUUUUUUGCUUGUUUUUUUAAACAAAUGCACAUCUCUGUACAGCACACAACUCGCGAUCCCUCUAUAGACAAAGAAUGUUGUGUGGAUGCAAUCGAAGAAGCCGCACGCAAAUUGUUUCAGGGAAAAAGAUUCUGUUGCGAGUUUGUUCGAUUUUCUCCCCACCUCUGUGUUUCCUUUCUUCUGCUUGUCUCUUCUUUCUGUAAAGACAUACAAUAAAGCAAUGCCAACUGUGCGAAGUUAAAUGGGAUGCAAGGAAGGAAUGAAACUUCGAAAUAUCAUUCAUGUAAAUGCAAACAGAAUACUAUAUUUAUUGAUUUUUUUUUUAGAUCCUGCUGUUGUAGAUUUUUGAAUAAAUACUUCAUUUCCUUCCUGCAA